CACGCCUCCACAUAUCUUUUCUUUAGCUUUUGAUCCGUUACAUUGCGGGUUAGUUUGAACUCUCUGACUGUUGAGGAGAGUUGAUAUAUCUUUUUAUCCAACCAUGGGGGACAUCGAGACUCCCAGCUCGACUCACCCGCGCCAGACUGUCCUGCUGUCGGUCCUCCCGAGCAAAGAGUUCGCCUCCUCAAGGAAAGGAAUGCUGCUUAUUGCUGAAGUGGCGCUGUCCUUUGUUUCAUUUAUCUGUUUCGCGGCAUCCACAGCAGCAGCCUUUGUGACAUUUCCCCUGCUGGAGUUCCUCACUGCUCUCUUCUUGUUGUUCGCCUACUCCAUCAAAUUCAAUGAGAGGUUUAAAGGCUUCCUCUGGCCUCUUAUGGAUUUCUUGAGAUGUGUGACUGCCUCCAUUAUUUUCUUCAUCAUCUCCAUAAUGUCAGUAUCCAAAUAUGUGGACGCUGCCUCUAAGGCUGCUGGGAUAUUUGGGUUCAUUGCCACCAUCGUCUUUGCUUUAGAUUUUUACCUCAUUUUUAAUGAGCUGGCCACUUUCCUGAAGCAAGGAGGAGGGGAGACCAAUGAGGAGCCAUCGAGACAGCAAGGUGAGUUUUCAGACUCUGACUCGGACUGAGAACACGGACCACCAGCAGGUCUUCACCAGCAUGUUAGAUCGUCACAUAAGGGUCACAUUGAUUGUAAACUAAGUGAAUUAAUUGGUGGAUUGGGGACUUUCUCCAUAAAGUAUUUGGUCUUCUGUGAGGUGAAACGGACCCUCUCUUCUUCCCACUUUGAAUUCUCCUGUUGAGCGUUCACAGGUGGAAAUGUAUUUCACACAUUAAUCAUCAUUCAAAUUCAGAAAAUGUCUAAACUGAUGUGUCAAAUCUGUGUUCUUUUUUUUAAAUGACUAAUUUACAUGUAGUUGUUUCAUGCCUUAACACAAACCCAGUGUCUAGACGAUUUAGAAAAAAAUACCUGAUACUUAAAUAAUCAUUAAGCUGUGAAAUUGUUUGAAGAUACUGAGUUUCAAGAGCCUUUUGUACAAUCUGCAUGUAGAAGCAUACGUCUUAAUCUGGAAUAUCAAUUAGUAUUGACUUUUAGGUAUUUACAGUGUCCCUAUUUACAGACAUACUGUAUCCAACAACACUAAAUUGCUGUCCUUAGUGAAUCAAUGUUUAUGAAUACUAAUAGUGAAGAAGGUAAGUGCAGCAUUAUCAUCAUUUAUACAUUUACAGUAUUGCUAUAAAAACACAUAUGUACAGUUUAAAGAAGAAACGAUUGGUUUGAGGCUGGCUGGUUACAACCUCUGUCGAAUUUUUAACAGAGUGAAUUUUCUAUAAAUUGAAGAAAAUGUUUGCUUAUCUUCUUUACAAUUGAAAUGUUGGAUCAACUGAGUUCCUAUAGUGUGUUGUACUGCAUAAGCUCUUCUUUCUGGGUCCUUAUAUGGUUUACAUGUCCCACAACUUUUGUUUAGAGUUGCCAUGAAUGAAAGCUAUAAACACAUUUUCAAACCUGUUCAAAAAUAGAGAGGCUCUGCUCUAAUGUUUCCGUUUGUCUACUGUAUGUGCUUCGUACAACCUGUGUGUGUAAAUGACACUUCAUGCAUUAUUAUUUUUGUUAAAUGCUUAAUAUGUGAUUUGUUUUUGUUUGUAUCGAAAGCAUAUUUUCUUAUGUUGGUUAUGCAUUUUUUUUUUUUGCUUGCAAGUCUGAUUUUUCAGUAUUUCCAGAAACAUUACUGAAGAAUUAGAUGCACUAGAAAGCCACAGUGACUAUAUGUAAUAUACACUGCACUGCACUAGUGUUAUUAACAGCACUGUGAAUUUAAAGCAGAUGAAUCAGAGGCCUUUCACUUCCCUGAGGAAGUCUAACUGUUGCGAAAUUGGCUCAAUAAAGUUAAAAGAUAUUCUAAAGUUG